AUGCCGCACCUGAAUGAAAGCGUCCUGCUGACCGACCAGCAGCGGACGAUCAUCGAGGUGGUCAACUACGUCUUCAUCUGCGGGGGCUUGUCGCUGUUCGGGAUCGUGGCUAACGCCAUCAACAUCGCCAUUUUCUUCCGGCAGGGCCUGAGGACCACCAUGAACAUCAGCUUCUUCGGGUUGGCCAUCUCCGACCUCUGCAGCCUGCUCACGCUGCUCGCCUUCACCGUCCUGCUCAACCCGCUGGUCGAACACUCACAACUUCCGGUCAACACGAGGGAGCUGCAGUACCUGGUGGCGGGCUGGCCCCACGUCUGCUUCACCAGGACCACCUGUCUGAUCACGGCCUUCGUCACGGCCGAGCGGUGUCUCUGCAUCACCUACCCGCUCAAGGUCAAACGCCUCAUCACGCCCAGGCGAGCCACCCUCGCCGUCUGCCUGACCUACGUCAUCACGAUCCUGAUGCUUGUCCCCGAAUACGUCACUUCCUACUACGACUGGAAACUUCACCCCGAAACAAACGUAACUCUGUUCGGCCUUGCUUUCACGGAGGACCGCGCGCGGAUGGAGGGCCUUGUGUUCAUCCUCAACGCCUCCAUGGGGGUCUUCUCCUUCCUGCUCGUCCUCGCCUUCACCGCCAUCUUGGUCUGGAACCUGAAACACACGUCCAGGUGGCGCAAACAGCACCACAGCGACCCCCGCGACUCGACCUACGCCCGCAGCAAGAAGGCCAUGAGCAUGGUGCUCGUCAUCUCCAGUGUUCUCAUCGUCUGCUCCAUCCCCAGCAUCGCCUGCUCCAUCGUCGCCUUCUUCGUCCAGGAGUUUAGCGUGCUGGGGCGCUACCAGAACAUCUUCUACUCGGCCUGGUCCUUCUCCUUCAUCUGUGGCGCCACCAACGCCAGCCUCAACAUCUUCCUCUACUACAGGAUGAGCUCCAAGUACCGCCGCAGCUUCCGGCAAAUGUUCGCCAGAUUUUCUAGAACUUUCGGCUGGGAGAGCAGCGAGGAGACGUGGAACUCGACGAGCGUGGGGCUGAUGGGCAGGAGACACAGGAAGACGGUGGGUGACUACAGCACGGGAGGGGCCGCCGUCACACGAUACGGCUGGCGGGAGGACUACUGGCGGGGGGACCUUCCGUCCUACUCGGUCACUAACAGUUUCAACAACAACUCAGCGGAGCCCGUGCAGGAUGGCGCGGGUUCAAAUCCAAUUGAGCGGGUCUAUUGA